AUGAUGGAAGAAAUCUCCAUAACGGUGGCUUACGAUGCCCAUGUCUUUAGCCAGCUGUACGAUGAAGACUUUCUGGCCAAUCUGGUGGCAGUCAGCAAACCCAAAUCUGUGGUGCCAACAAAAAAGCUGAAGAAAUAUGAGAGAGAGUACCAAACAAUGCGGGAGAGUCAGCUGCAGCAGGAAGAUCCUAUGGACAGAUACAAGAGGGAGAACCGCAGGCUCCAAGAAGCAAGCAUGCGGCUGGAGCAGGAGAACGAUGACCUUGCCCAUGAGCUUGUAACAAGCAAAAUUGCCUUACGGAAUGACCUGGACCAGGCUGAAGACAAAGCUGAUGUUUUGAACAAGGAGCUUCUCCUGACCAAACAGAAACUAGUGGAGACUGAGGAAGAGAAGCGGAAGCAGGAAGAGGAAACUGCUCAGCUGAAGGAAGUCUUCAGGAAGCAGCUAGAGAAGGCAGAAUCCGAGAUUAAGAAAACCACAGCCAUUAUUGCAGAGUAUAAACAGAUUUGUUCCCAGCUGAGUACCAGGCUGGAAAAACAACAAGCGGCCAGUAAAGAUGAACUGGAAGUUGUGAAGGGUAAAGUGAUGGCCUGCAAACACUGCAGUGAGAUUUUCAGUAAGGAGGGGGCGCUGAAGCUGCCUGCUGUAACCACGGAGAAUAAAGGCAUAGAAAUGGAUGAUGAGAAGGAUGCACUGAAGAAGCAGCUGAGAGAGAUGGAGCUGGAACUUGCACAGACCAAACUGCAGCUUGUGGAAGCCAAGUGCAAAAUCCAGGAGCUGGAGCACCAGAGAGGAGCCCUUAUGAAUGAAAUCCAAGCUGCCAAAAACUCUUGGUUUAGCAAAACCCUGAACUCUAUCAAAACGGCCACAGGCACACAGCCACCGCAGCAGCCUCAGCCACCCCUGCCACCCAAAGAGGGGAGCACAUAGUUCCAGCCAGACCCGAUACCAGAGCACAAAGAACACCACAACUGAAACCCUGGAGGAUUCUUCCAGUGGUCUCUCCUCUUGGGGAAAGGACAAAAGGCAGGAGUGCAGGCUUGAAGUGAAAUUCUUCGGUGUUUUUCAUUCAUUCUGAUGUGACCCUUUUCAAAGGGGGAAAAAAAAUAAUUACUGUUUUAUGUUGAAUUCUUACUUCCCAAACUGCCUUGCUGAAAGCCACGUUCUGGUACCUUCAUACUUUUACACUUUAUUUUAUAUGACUAGAUGUUAAAUAAAUACUUC